AUGUCACCAUUGGCUCUGUAUCGACUGCGGCUGAGGGCAAUGUCAAGUUUAUUUUUGUUUAAUUUGAACGGUAAUUUUUUUAUCAUGAAAAUCCAGGUAUUGUCACAUUCGUUUGCCUCUGCCUCCAGGGAAAGAAACCAGGAUAUGCCUAAGACCCAGGUCAACAUGAAUCCAGAGCUGCAUCCAUUCUCACGUCCCAGAGAGCUAACCAGAGCCCUAAAUGUUGUGAAGCUUGAGCGUCUCUUUGCUAAACCAUUUGUCGGUGCGCUUUCAGGACACAAUGAUGGUGUUUAUGCCAUGGCAAAACACACUCGAAUCUUAAACACGCUUCUUUCAGGAUCUGCUGAUGGUGAACUUAGGCUUUGGGACAUCUCUUCAAAGAAAACUCGCUGGAACAUGCGCCAUGCACACAGUCGCUUUGUGAGGGCAUUGUCAUUUGUUCACAAUGACCACAGCGGUAGUCGAUUUGUUUCCGGCUCUGAUGACGGAUUUGUCCAUCUUUGGGACACCUCAGCUUCUACUUCAAAUUCGCCCAUCCGUUCUUUUGAAAUUGGAGACUGUGUCUCUGGACUUGAUCAUCAUCCCUUUGAUAAUACUUUUGUUACCGCGGCUGGGGGGGUUGUUAGCUUAUGGAACCACGACAGAAACACAGCAACUACACGUUGGUCACGUCCCGGCUUGGAGACUCUUACCCACGUACGGUUCAAUAGCGCAGAUGCAAGCAUUUUAGGUACUUGUGGAUUGGAUCGAACAGUUGGUCUUUUAGAUUUGAGGAUGGACUCCCCACUUGCCAGGGUGACUUUAACGAUGAAAUCAAAUUCACUUUGCUGGAACCCAAUGGAGCCCUUAAAUUUUGCCGUUGCUAAUGAAGAUUCAAACGCAUAUCUUUUUGACAUGCGGCGACUUGAUAUGCCCUUGAACGUUCUGGAGGGACACACCUCUGCCUUAUUAGACCUGGAUUUCUCACCCACAGGUGAAGAGCUAGUCUCUGGAUCCUACGACCACACCUUGCGUAUUUUCUCCACUAAACAUGGACGGAGCAGGGAUGUAUACCACACCAAAAGAAUGCAAAAGGUCUUUUCUGUUCGCUGGUCCAUGGAUAAUCAGUUUAUUUUUUCAUCCUCAGAUGAUGGAUCAAUUCGCUAUUGGAGAUCGCAAGCUUCUUCUCGGUCCUCUGCCCUUCCCUCACGUCAAUCCGAGGCGCUUAACUAUGGAGCCGCUUUGAAGGCCAAAUAUUCGCAAAUCCCAGAAGUUAAACGAAUAUCCACACAUCGGCACAUUCCAAAGCCAAUAUCUUCUGCCCAAAGGGAGAAAAGAAUUAUCCUUGAAUCACAGAAGCGCAAAGAGGAAAAUAGAAGGAAGCACUCUGCUCCAGGAGCAGUUCCUCAUCUUGGCCUUAGGUCUAAAAUUGUCGAGCUUAAAUUAAAUUAA